UGAAGAAGCCCGGAGCAGCGCCGAUUUGCGUGAACUGUCACUUUAAGAAGACACUCUCCUGUUGCACGGGAGGCAGGCCGGUGUUUUUCCACUCUCCUGUCUAAUGGUCACCCAUUUUAAGAGACAAAGGUCAGAAAGAAAAGCUUAUAAAUUAAAUUUACGGCUGUAAUUCUCCUAUUCAACACUCAGCCACCGCACAAUAGACAAGGGACAGCUCACUUCCAAAGGAAUAAAAGGACACCAUUACAGCAUGGCGCAGAAGGAGAAGCUCCAGUGCCUGAAGGAUUUCCACAAGGACACGCUGAAGCCGUCGCCGGGGAAGAGCCCGGGCACGCGGCCCGAGGACGAGGCGGAGGGCAAGCCGCCGCAGCGGGAGAAGUGGGCCAGCAAGCUGGACUUCGUCCUGUCGGUCGCCGGCGGCUUCGUGGGUUUAGGGAACGUCUGGCGCUUCCCGUACCUCUGCUACAAGAAUGGCGGAGGAGCAUUUCUCAUUCCCUACUUCAUCUUCCUGUUUGGUGGAGGCCUGCCCGUCUUUUUCCUGGAGGUGGCCCUCGGGCAGUUCACCUCCGAAGGUGGAAUCACCUGCUGGGAAAAGCUUUGCCCCAUCUUUACCGGUAUCGGCUACGCUUCGAUCGUGAUCGUCUCGCUCCUGAACGUGUACUACAUCGUCAUCCUGGCCUGGGGGCUAUACUACCUGUUCCAGUGCUUUCAGCCUGAGCUGCCCUGGGCCAAAUGCAAGCAGUCCUGGAACACCGCCAGCUGCGUGGAGGACACCUUCCGCAAGAACAAGACCCUCUGGGCCGCCGCCAACGUCACCAACUUCACCUCCCCCGUCACCGAGUUCUGGGAACGCAACGUCCUCAGCAUCUCCAGCGGCAUCGAGGAGAUCGGGGAGCUCAAGUGGGACCUGGCCCUUUGCCUCCUGGGCGUCUGGGUCAUCUGCUUCUUCUGCAUCUGGAAGGGGGUCAAGUCCACGGGGAAGGUGGUCUACAUCACCGCCACGUUCCCCUUCAUCAUGCUGAUCAUCCUGCUGAUCCGCGGAGUCACUCUGCCCGGUGCAUCCGCAGGGAUCAAGUUCUAUCUCUACCCAGAUCUGAGCCGUCUCAAAGACCCUGAGGUUUGGAUAGAUGCAGGCACUCAGAUUUUCUUCUCGUAUGCAAUCUGUCUGGGGGCAAUGACAUCACUGGGGAGCUACAACAAAUACAAAUACAACUGCUACAGGGACUGUUUGCUGCUGGGAGGCCUGAACAGCGGUACCAGCUUUGUGUCUGGCUUCGCAAUAUUUUCCGUCCUGGGCUUCAUGGCACAAGAGCAAGGGGUGGACAUUGCCGAUGUGGCAGAGUCAGGUCCCGGCCUAGCCUUCAUUGCCUACCCCAAGGCCGUGUCCAUGAUGCCUCUGCCCACCUUCUGGGCCGUUCUGUUUUUCAUCAUGCUUCUGCUUUUGGGGCUCGACAGUCAGUUUGUCGAAGUGGAAGGACAGAUCACCUCCCUGGUUGAUCUGUACCCGUCCUUCCUAAGGAAGGGAUAUCGGCGGGAAAUCUUUAUCGCUAUCGUGUGUGUCAUGAGCUAUCUUCUGGGACUUACCAUGGUUACUCAAGGUGGCAUGUAUGUGUUUCAACUCUUUGACUACUAUGCAGCCAGUGGUGUUUGCCUUUUGUGGGUUGCAUUCUUUGAAUGUAUUGCUGUAGCCUGGGUUUAUGGCGUUGAUAAUUUCUAUGAUGCGAUUGAAGACAUGAUUGGCUACAGACCAAAUCCCUGGAUGAAAUGGAGCUGGGCUGUAAUCACCCCUGUUCUUUGUUUGGGUUGUUUUAUCUUCUCCUUGGUCAAAUACAAACCAUUGACGUACAACAAGCUUUAUGAGUACCCUGACUGGUCCAUCGGUGUUGGCUGGACUCUGGCCCUGGCUUCCAUGAUUUGUAUCCCAAUGGUGGUGGUCAUUAAGAUUAUACAGUCGGACGGGCCUCUGAUUGAACGGAUCAAGGCGGUGGCUGCUCCGGUGAGGGGGGGGGCAAGUUCCCGGCCCCCGGGGCACCGGCCCAAGGGCAGCGAGCUGACGUACCCCCUGGACCCCAACGGGAACAACGGCUUCAAAAAGCCCAGCCACACUAUUGUGGAAACGAUGAUGUGAGCGCUCUCUGUGAGAGAACUCCAUUCACACGCUUUCCUUGUUAUGUAUUCGCUAACUUCGAAAUAGUCGUAGGACCAGGUUUACAUUGCUACGUAUCUGCACUAGGAGUAUUCUUUUUAUUUUCUACAGAGGAAGUUACAUAUGGUUUUCUGUCUGUGUUUUUACUAUUUUUUAUUAUAAUGUUGUUAUUAUUACUACAAAUAUUAUUAUUGCUGUAGCUAGAUGGAGGAUGGAUCUCAGAGACGUGGCAGUAUCUUAAAAUAGAACCAGUAAUGUUCUGUUUUUUACUCGCUUUCUGUGGAUAGUGGAAUAUCAGUGGUCUGUCUUUUUAUUUGGGGAGGAAUGAAAAACAAAAAAAAGGGUCAUAUUUACCAGUAAGAACCUAAUCUUGUGUGUAUCGUGUUUGAUAAGUAACAUUCAGUAUGUGGAUGUGUUGACAAAAAUAAGCCCCGCCCUCCUUUCUCUCUCAAACGUCUUUCUGUUACUGUGGAGGUGCUCUUGUAGGUUAAGACUACUUUAAUCUGUCGUCAUUGUUGAUGUUUGUUGUGGAAAACACACCUGAAUGUAUGGUACCUCAGCCAGAUUUGUGGAUGUCAGAAGACCCCCCCCCGGCUCUCUCGAGCGCUGGGGCGUGAUGCUUUGUUGUGUAGACUGUACGGUGACUAACUCCCUUCAGUGUAAAGACCGCUGGUCACAAGGACACUACUGCUUUUUCUAUCCAAGCGCAUUGGUGUUUUAUUCAGACAUUUAUUGUUUAGUUUUCUUUUGCACUUUAACUGCGGUUGAGAUGGCUCGGUCUUGGUUGACCUGAGCCUUCUCUUCUCCUCGUUAUCUGCCCCGUUUAAAGAACUUAGCGGGGCGAGUUAGAAGCACACAACGUCACACUGUCAUGACAUCAUGAAACCAUCUGCUGUUCUCUCAUUCCGCCUGGCCAAUGAGAGGACAGGCUGGGCUCACCGUCCAUUGGUUUGCGCUGAACAUCUCUCCCACCACAGGAGAUGCCAGCAGUCCCAGUUCUCAUUCAGCUCAGACCUUCCCCCGAUAACUAUGUCAGCCAGCGUGUUAGGCAUACGUAAAAAUUUUUUUUAAUGCGAUUUAACCAAAACUGCUAAAAUGAUCAACUUCUCUAUGCCUUUCUACACUCUUACCUACACCUGCAUUUCAACUCCACCUUCUUUUGUAAAAAUACCAAACAUUAGCGUACAGUGAUUAUCAAUGCGGUUUUUUUUAAAAAUAGAUAACUAAACGGACAUUAAACUAGUAGCCACAGCACAAAUAAAGGCUUUAUGUACACAAGAGGCAUUCUUACCAAGGAAUGUGAAUUUUAUCAUUUCCAGUUUUUCUUCACUAAUUAUAAAAAUAGUCUUUUUCUGGAUUUUAUUAUUGUAUUCAUUUAAAAAUAUGUUUGUUUUAUUUUGUUUUUCAAUCACAUUUGCCUUUUUAUAUUCAAAAUGUGAUGCGGUAGAUGUGAACUCUGUCACUAAUUACAAAUCUUUAGGACGUAAGACAGAGCCAGCCAUUUAAACUGCUAAUCAGUAAAAGCUUAAAUGCAAUUUGUAAUGUGCAAUACUUUGUAGAAAAAAAGCUAUUUUAAAGCAAUUUCCUUUCUUACUUACUUUUUCUAAUAGUUGGUACUUUUUUGAGUUUGAAAUUAGAGAUUAAAUACGAAACGACGUGCAAGAUAUGUGACGUUUGUUAGGGGCCGAUUCUCAAGUAUUGCAAAGGUUUAGCCAUAGCAAUAUGAAAAAACCUAAACAAAUUUAAGGCAGCAUUAAUUUUUGUCAAUCUUCACUUUUAUAUCAGAAAUGAAACAGUUGUUCUUCCUUAAAUUGGUCAUGGUUUUCAUUUUGGCCUUGGCUAAGCACUUAGAGACAGAUUGAAUUGGCCCCUUAGUUAUACAAAAAAAUGACUUCAGCCAAACACAUGCUAUUAUGCUAUUAUCCAAGAGCAGAUUAUUACAUAAUGCUUCUGAACAGCUAGCAUAGCUCCUGUGUGGUGCUUAUUCAAAGAUACUUAAUUGAAAACCAAACGAUUAAAAACCUCAAGGAAAUGAUAUCCAUCCAAAUGCAGUUUAAGGCUCUGCUAUGAUUACUCAGUGAGUCCUCCCAUCACGGCUGUCGCCACGGUGACAGAGGUGGGCAUUUUUGUUAAUCCUGUGUGUUUUACGCUCUUGCAUUUUACAUACCAGCCCUUCCUUUUAUAAGAUUGUAAAAGGGGACAAUGUUUUUAAACCAUGAAGCAACAUUUUUAAAAACGAUCUGAAAAUGUUUUUUUUUUAUUUCUGAAAUCUAACCUGUAAGCAAAAAAAAUGUAUUUAAACAAGUUUUACAAUAUCUAAAACUUUUUUUUUUAUUUCUUAAUAAACAUUUGUCAUUUGAAAAUGCCUUCACUUGUCAUGUGCAGAGAAAAGCAGUCUCUUUGAGGGCUGUUCACAGAACACUGAUCAGGGUCCAAAAGCAAGUAUUUCUUACCCCCAUUCCUGCACAUUUUCAUCAGCUGGCCUGUGGGCCCUGCUGCUGCACUGGUGCAUUCUGGGGGUCUGAGUCUCCCAUACAUCCCAGCAGCGCACUGGUGCAUUCUGGGGGUCUGAGUCUCCCAUACAUCCCAGCAGAACACUGGUGCAUUCUGGGGGUCUGAGUCUCCCAUACAGUAUAUCCCAGCAGCGCACUGGUGCAUUCUUGGGGUCUGAGUCUCCCGGCAGUGGUGUGACUACAAUUCAGUGCCGGUUCCAAGCCAGGAUAUUUCCCAUGUGUACGUGACUCAGCAUUCCAAUCCAGGGUGUGCAGCCGGGAGUGAUACUGAACCCUUACUGGGGGGGGGGGGGGGGCAGAUUCUGAGGGAAGCAGGUUGCUUUCAGUGGAGGAAUUGGAUGUCACUGGAGGGGUUCUUAACGAACCUGAGCGAAGCUGAGGAAGGAGAACUUUACCUCUAUUUUAAACCUGCAGAACAGCGUGCGGCUGCAAGCGCACGCGUGACGUCACUGCCACUCUAACCGGCUGUGCCCUGGCCGCAGCUGUCCGCAGCGGGCAGCUGAGACCAUGGGAAGGCCCGCUAAGCAAAAAAAAAAAAACAGCCCAGGGAUUAAAGAUUUGGAAAGACUGCUCCAGAAAUGUACACAAAUCUGUACCCACCCCCCUCACUGUGAACAGAGUAAAAGUCAUAAAAAUAGCCACCCGUGCUUGGAAUGGAAUUAGCCACUCUCCGUUAUAUAGAAGGGAGAGGAGGCAGGAACCAAUUUUCGAUUCCCAGUUAUAAAUAAAAAUAGUUUCCCUGCCUGGUAGUGUGCUGGAAAAAGGAGGGGCUUGGAGAUGCUAUCUGUGAUGCUUUUCCAAGAUGUUUUAUUUUGUUCCAGAUAGUAGUUAUGUUGGAAACUGGGUGUAGCCCAUUGUGAUACCACCCUGGGAAGCCUUCUGUUAAUUUCCUUUCUAAGCAUUGUUAACUUCUUUUCUAAGGUUGAUGCCAUUCUACUACUUAUGAGGAAUAUGUCACUGAGCAGUUAGCAACAGUGAACAGACUUUCAAUGUCCUCCCUCUAUUGCACUGAUACAACAAAUAGAGUAUUUAGCCAUAGGAACAGUCUCCCAGUGAGUCAAAAAAAAAAACUUAUAAUCAUCUCAUCCACUUAAUGUCACAGAUAUAAUAAACGUGCAUUUAGCUGCCAUUGUUGUAAUGUUAAUCAGUGUAAAUGUUAAAGUGCUAUAAAUUUGGCCGUGUAAGUGUCAGCUCAUUAUAGCUGUGGCCCCAUAUUUGAUGUGAAGUUGUGCUAAAUACCCUCAGAACGGUGUUUGGCCCCUCCCACUCUUAAAUCUACAAAGCAGUCACACUAUAGUACUUCUUUGAAAUAAGGAAAAUGAACAUAUACCAAAAUAAAAACCAAACUAAAUUCAUGGUGAAAUAUGCCUGACUUGGAACCAGUUUGAUUGGUCCAGAUGUGGGAGCGCUUCUGUUAAUACUGUGUGAAGUGAAAAGGAACCAUUAGGCUUGUCAUACUGACAUCUGUGUGGUUUGUGGAGUCAGUGGUGGUGACAUUAAAGAAGCUAGACCGUUCUUAUGCCCAGUUGUUCCUUAUUGUAUCAUAAUAAUCUAACUCUGUGGAAACAUUGUUAAACUUUUCUCCAUCUCAUUGCUCUGUGAAAUGAAUAGUUUCUGCAUUUCUAGACACAAAAUAAACAUAUUUUAGUAACAUGUAUUAUUUGCUUUGAUAGAAGACAUUUGUAACUUGACAAACUUUGUGAGGGAAAAAAUAAAGAAAAUCAUUUAAAAACA